UUUAUUCCAAAUUGUUUAGAAUUUUUUUUAGAAACAAUUGUGAGAAAAUAACAAGUACGUUGAAAAUAAUUGAAAUAAUUUGACGUUGUAGCAGAAAUAAUAAUAAAUACACGGCAUUAAAGAGCUGUCAAUGAUAAGUGAUUUUAUCCAUUCUUGUCUAUACUAGAAUAUUAUCCAUCUGUCAGCCAUCAAAUGUAUAGGUUUUUAAAGUGAAUAAAAGUUGUCAAACUGAUAAACAUUUCCACAUAUUAAAAAAGAAUUAAUAACAAUAUUGAAGUUGAAAUUAAAAAAUCUACAGAUUAUGGAUAAUAAUAAUCGUUCCAAUUUGGAGAACGAUAAUAGUUCGGGGGAAACAUCACAAAAAGACGUUCCAACAUUGACAGUAGAAUUACCCGCUGCUUCUGCUAGUGUUACUUCAAAUAUGACACUUAAUCAGCCUAAUUCUGAAACCCCAACAACAACAAUAACAACAACAACACAAAUGGCAGAGGAAGAUGUGAUAUCACCUCCGAAGCCAGAUUUUUCUGCACCUCCUCCAUACGAUGUGGCUACAAAAUUACCCAGUUAUGAGGAAGUUCAACGUGAAAAAACACUUCAAGGAGAAGCAAUUCCUCACAUACAUCCUCAAAUUCAUGUGCCUAGUGGAAUCAGACAACAACAACCGUCAGCAAUUCUUACAAUUGACAUCGAUGGAGUCGAGGGCGAUGCAUUGGCCGAAAGUAGAAUGCUCGGCACAGAUUUUAUGUUUUUCACUGCUUUCUUGGUUGCUUUUCUCUUCAAUUGGAUUGGAUUCCUUUUGUUGAUGUGCUUCUGUCAUACAGUUGCCUCUCGAUAUGGAGCCUUGGCAGGCUUUGGUCUCUCUUUGACAAAAUGGACAUUAAUUGUCAAACACUCAACUGACUUAGCUUCUCGUGAAAAUUCCUGGUUAUGGUUCCUGAUUAUGGCAUUCGGUGUUUUAAUUUGCAUUCGUGCUAUUAUUCAAUACUUGAAUAUUAAACGAGGCUGGAGAUUACUAUCAGGAAGUCCUCAAGAGCAUUUUCUUUUUUUUUACUAAAAAAUAAAUUCUGAAGAAA